CAGUUGUUUGAUUGAUUUGGUUAAAAUCUCUAGCAUUGGCUAGAUAAAGUUUUCACAUCGGAAAACUGGAGUAAAGGAGUUAUAAGGAUAGAAAUAUGAGUUGUCAAAAAGGAAACAUUAAUCGUUCGAGACCUCAAAAACAUCAAAAUCAUACAUCAUUUAAAAAUAAUCUACAUGACAACUCCCAAAAAAUAAAGCUAAUUAACACUGUCGAAGUUAUUAAUGUAUGCGAACGUUGCAAAAAAAUAAUAGAAUGGAAGAUCAAGUAUAAAAAGUAUAAAGUGCUUAAAGCUCCAACAAAAUGUAUUAAGUGCGAGCAAAAAACUGUGAAGCAUUCUUAUCAUAAUAUCUGUUUGUCUUGUGCCAGGCAACAGGAAAUCUGUCCAAAGUGUGGGCAGAAAUGUCAAAUUGUAGAAGAGAAAUAAUAAGGAUCACAUUUCUGGAUUAGAUACCAAUAUAUGUAAAGCUGACAGUAAAGACACAAAUAAAAAUAUAACAAGUUCAAAAGGAACAGAAAAUUUAUUAAUGAAAUUAAAAUCAUUAACUGUCAUAGAUGAUAAUAACAUUGAUAAUGACAUUGAAAA